UCUAGAUAGUCAGUUACUUGGAAGUCGUCGUCUUUGUUUGAGAAUAAAUCUUCCAGUCUAUUCCAGAACCCAAUAGACUACUGAUUCCGAUUCCGAUCCUACCCCCCUACCUCCCUAUCGCUCCAACAUGGCAUCUGCCCCGCCUCCCACCUCCAGCGCCGCGAACCCCGCUGCGCAGAAAACCUUCACCAUCGGCACCCGCAGUUCUAAGCUCGCCCUCUACCAAACAAACCAGGUGCAGGCCGCCUUGAAGGAAGCAUGGCCGGAUUGCGAAUUCAAGAUCCUGUCGCGCGAGACGGCCGGUGACCUGAACACCGUCAUCGCGCUGCGCGAAUUCACGACGAAAAACUUAUGGACCCAAGAGUUGGAGGAGCUUUUAAUGGCGGGCGAGGUGGAUUUGAUUGUGCACUCGCUGAAAGAUGUACCGACUCUCCUCCCUCCCUCGUGUAUCCUGGGCCCGAUGUUGAAACGAGAAGAUAGCCGCGAUGUGCUGGUCAUGAAGAAGGGUCUUCCCAAUAUGAGCUUCGCCGAGAUGCCCGAGGGGUCGGUGGUCGGCACUUCAUCCAUCCGUCGCACUGCUCAGUUGGCGCGGAAAUACCCCCACCUCAAGGUCAUCGAUGUGCGUGGCAACAUCGGCACGCGGUUGGCGAAGCUGGAUGCUGAGGACAGCCCGUUCACCUGCAUUAUCUUAGCGGCUGCGGGGUUGCUCAGAUUGGACCUUGGAGACCGAAUCUCCCAGUAUUUGGAAUCUAAGACUGGUGGGAUGCUGUAUGCGGUCGGUCAGGGUGCGCUGGGGAUUGAGAUCCGCAAGGAUGAUCAGCUCAUGCACAGUAUGUUGAGCGGGGUGGGUCACAAGGAGACGACGCUGGCUUGCUUGGCUGAGCGCAGUCUGCUGCGGAAGCUGGAGGGAGGCUGCAGUGCGCCGUUAGGGGUCGAGUCCGAGUGGGUUCGUGACGCCGAUGGGUCGUCGAAGCUCAGAAUGAGAUCCAUCGUGGUUAGCGUGAACGGCGCGGAAAGUGCCGAGGUUGAGGUUGAUGGGCACAUCGAUUCCGCACAGGCUGCGGAAGACUUUGGUGUCACCGUGGCCAACGAGUUGGUGGUGAAGGGCGCAGGGAAAAUCCUCGCGGAGAUUCAGCACAAUAAGCAAGCGGCUUAAGGGCCAGGUCAUUCCUCUGCUGCCGUUGGUGAAGAUGUGUUUAUACUGCUAUGAUUAGACGGAUACCCCGUACAAAAUCAACGACACAUGUUUUGCGCCAAAAAAGCGAUGUAUUUAUUACACUUAUUCCAUCUGUGUUCAUGUAUACUAUGUACUCGCAACAUUAUGUAUCGU